AUGCAAACUUGGCUCCACGAUCAGCCGCCAGCUGCCUUAUUCAUACGCCAAACGCCGGUUCGCAUCGUCCACGCAAACAAAACAAGGUCCGGCCGGAUCUCUUUCAUUCACUGUAAAAGAAGAAGAAGAGUCCCGAUAGAUCGCCUGUUGAGAAGGAUGGCUUCGCUGUUGCUCAGAUCUGCCGCAGGCCGCGUUCUUGGGCGAUCAAUCCCGCUAGGGGUAGGCUCCUUCCGUCGGAGCCCAGGCCGGUUCCUCUCCGGCGGUGCUCAGAGGAUCGAAUACAAGCAUUCUUGCUCAAACUACACCCACUCCCCCGAGGCCCGUCUUGAGAUAGCAUUGGAAAAGUUUGGCGAGAACUUGCAAAAGGCACAUGAAGCGACUCUAAGUUUGCUAGAACAUGAAAAACGUUUCGAGCGGCAGGAGCAACGACAAAAGGUGUUAUCGUAUUUCUUAGUUCCUGCUGGUGUUGCGUUUCUUAUAUUUGGUCCAGACAAGAAGAAGGAAAAACUCGAGGAGACCAUUGAAACCUCUACUUAGCAAAAUUUGUGGUGCAUCAUCCAUGCGAAGUUUGUGGUACCUUGAGCUAUGUUCUUAUGUACAGUGAAUAAUUGUGAGCUUACUAUGUGGAACCAUGACAAGUUUUAAGGCGUA